AUGUUGGACCUCCUCCUCUCCAUACCCAUCCUCUCCUACGUCUUCUUUCCCACCACCGGGGCGUCGAUAUCCACCUCGGUCAACAUCAUCUUCUUCUACAUGACAUGGACCAGCCUCGUCUUUUCGCACCCAGCUCUCGAGCUGCACUUGUCCGGAGUCGUCGUCGUCCGCGUCAUUUUCUGGCUCAUCCCCUCCCUCGUCUUCCUCUUGUUCGACGCCGGCUUCCCCGGCCUCGCCGAGGGCUUCAAGCUCGGCGGCCGCAGCGCCCUGCCCACCCGCGAUGCGCGCAAGCUGGCCAAGAUGCUCGCGCUGGCCUUGCUCAACGUCCUCGCCUGCCUGGCCUCGGAGGCCGCCGUCAGCGUGGCAUACACGUUGCUCUUCAAGCGGCACGUCUUCAGGAUGAGCACCACCCUUCCGCUCCCCUGGACCAUCUUCAGGCACUGCCUCUUCAUCUUCGCCUCACGCGAGCUCCUCAAUUUCUACACCCACCGAUACGUUCUGCACGGCUCGUCCUGGCUCGCCCGCAAGCACAUGGCAUUUGCCCACGCCAACGCCGGCGCGCCCUUCAGCCUGCAGGCCUUUACCGAUUACCCCCUGGCCACGCUGCUGCACCGCUGUCUGCCCGUCCUUCUGCCCUCGGUGCUCAUCCACACCCACAUGCUCACCUACUUCCUGGUCCUCAUCAUCACGUCCAUCGAGGAGACGCUGGCCAUGUCGGGCUACACCGUCGUUCCCGGCAUCAUCAUGAGCGGCAUCGCCCAGCGGACCGCCAUCCACUACGCAGGCAAGGGCGCCUCCAACUUUGGCGCCUACGGCGUCCUGGACUGGGCGCACAGCACGAGCCAGGGCCGUGGCGUCCUGGACGACGUGCGCCAAGAGGCCGACAAACACCACGUCCAGGAGAAAUCUGCAAACAAGGUGGACCAUGGCGCCAAGACGGUGCACGAAGGUGUGGACUCGCUGAAGAAACGACUAGCCCGAUCCAAAAACGACGAGUAA